AGGUCAACGCUGGCUACGGUACUUCUGGCUUCUCUAUCAACUCCAGUGGUCUUGAGUGGAACGCUGAGGACGGCUUCGGUGGCUGGCUUGGUAGGUAAUCCAUAUUGGACGAAUUUUCUUUAUUAUUUUUCGACUAGGACAAUUCUUCUGACAGGUACAUCUCUAGUCUGCGACUGGUGGCACAACGCCCCUCAGAUCUUCUACCUCGUCGAGUACUACCAGCCUGAACUCCCGUUGAGCUGUAACAAGGUCCAGCUGAAACCCGAAUACAUCUUUAUUUAAAUAAGAAUGAAAACUACUUCCGACGAAAACCACCUAUGACCUAAUAUAAUAGACUUAAUACCCACUGCAAUCAAGAUUAUCUACUCUUAAUUGGCUUGAUUUUUAUGUGAAACUGCUACUUAUAAUAAGCUAUUAAUUACCCACACUGGGAAUGACUUAAAAGAUUAAUGGAAAAAGAUUAAGAAAAAAAAUCAAAAAGCAUUAGGAACGGACAGUAACGCAAUGUUAUGGCCCAAUCGUGUUUAUAGAUA